AGAAGCAAGCCGUUCUGGUUACGUGGCCCAAGUUACGUCGCCAAAGUUGACGUUUCACAAACAUGGCGUCGCAGCAGAAUGAAGUGGAUGAGCUGUUCGAUGUGAAAAACGCGUUUUAUAUCGGCAGCUAUCAACACUGCAUUAACGAAGCCCAGAAAGUAAAGACGUCAAAUCCGGAAAAGGAUGUUGAGAAGAACAUUUUUCUGUACAGAGCAUAUAUUGCUCAGAGGAAGUAUGGUGUGGUACUGGAUGAUAUAAAGCCCAGCUCCUCUGAGGAGCUGCAGGCUGUCAGGAUGUUUGCAGAGUACAUGUCCAAUGAAGGCAUGAGGGAUGCGAUAGUGGCAGAACUGGACAAAAAGAUGGCUAAGAGUGUUGAUGUUUCCAACACCACCUUCCUGCUGAUGGCGGCUUCAAUCUACCUGCAUGAGAUGAACACAGAUGCUGCAUUACGUACCCUGCACCAGGGAGACAGUCUGGAGUGCAUGGCCAUGAUGGUCCAGAUACUUCUAAAGCUGGACAGAGUUGAUAUGGCAAGAAAGGAAUUAAAGAAGAUGCAAGACCAAGAUGAAGAUGCCACUCUGACCCAGCUUGCUACCGCUUGGGUCAACCUUGCAAUUGGGGGAGAGAAAUUGCAGGAUGCGUUCUAUAUCUUCCAGGAAAUGUCAGACAAGUACUCGCCCACACUGCUGCUGCUGAACGGUCAGGCUGCGAGUCACAUGGCUCAGAAUAAGUGGGAUGAGGCUGAGUCAGUACUACAGGAUGCUCUGGACAAAGACAGCAGCCACCCGGAGACACUCAUCAACCUCAUUGUGUUGACACAGCAUUUGGGCAAACCUCCUGAGGUGACAAAUCGAUAUUUGUCUCAACUGAAAGAUGCGCAUAAGUCACAUCCAUUUAUUAAAGAGUAUCUUGUGAAGGAGAAUGAAUUCGACAGGCUUGUCAUGCAGUACGCCCCCAGCGCCUGAAAGAACUACGCAGUUUUAAUUUAUCUCUCCUCUUUACACCUUUUUAAUACCUUUUAAACAAAAUAAUAUUCAACUGUUUGAGUUUUUUGUUUGCUCUGUCUUUUUUUGACAUGUCCAAAAGCUCCACAAACAUUCCUGUAUGAUGGCUAAAUGAACAUGUUUAUCAUACAUACUGUAGUGUUGUUGUGUUAUUGAAUGCUCAUAUCGGCCAGAGAACUUUGUCCACAUCACAGCCAAUGUUGUUCCUUACCAGGCAAUGGGCAAAAAAACUAGUGUGCCAGCCUUGAAAACACUCCACAACUGUGUCACCAUAGGCCAAUUCUAUUGUCUUUAAGAUGGCACGUUCCACUAUGACAUGUUGGCUAAUUAUGUUCCUGCCUCUUCUCUCUUUGUAAGAUUGAACCCUGCUUCAUAUACAAAAAUGCAUUCAUGGGGCCUUUCCAUGAAAUCCAUUUCAAACACUCUAUAAAUACAAAAUGAAGUAAUUUAA